AUGAACCGAAAACGGGCCCUUAUAUCAGACACGUUUAAAGUGAACAAACGAAGAGUUGGCAAUGAGAAGCAGUUUGGAGCUGUCAGCAAUGGAGAAGCGGGACCACUGGACGUCAAAGCCACCCUGCAGGACCUUAUGACAUUAUUCCCACGCAAACUAUUCAAUGACGCCCUUCCACAAAUUGUCCUAAAACACCAACUCUACAGCAUACACAAUGAUAGGACCCAAGUGGACAGGCAGCUUAGUGACUUGAGGGAACAGGGGGAGCUGUUGAUGUUCCAGCUGGGCUUUGACGCCGAGGCCUUUGGGUUGGUGUUCGCUGCAGACUACAAGGCUAAAGUCCUGGCUGGGGAGGAGGGGAGAGGGACACGGGGCACAGUGGAUAAAUUCCUGGAGAAAGUGCUGCCCUCCUGCAAUGACCUGAGCUUCAACAAAGACAAAAUGCUGAAGGAGUUUCUCUUCACAGACUCAGAGAUAACGCAACUGGUGAAGUCGGGGGUUCUGACUGUGAGGGAUGCUGGCAGCUGGUGGCUCUCCAUCCCCAACUCUGGCAGAUUCACCAAGUACCUAAUACAGGGUCGUAAAGCUGUGCUGGGCAUGGUUAAGAAGUCCAAAUAUAAUGAAGUCUUAAAGGCAGAACUGGAGGAGAGGCAGACCAACUCACAGGUUAAAUUCCAGAUCAAGUACCACAUCCAUGACAUCAUUGGUGCAGAGCUAGUAGAAUGUAUACCCACAACUUCAGGAACAUUGUUACGGUGUGUGGACUACUGAACUCAACUGACUGAAUGGAUACAACAACCUGUUUCAUGGAAGAAACCCUAAAGCAACUGAACAUGACGAGAGGCCAUGUUACACCAAAUGAAUCUGGUUAAUCAUUUGCUAUUGCCUUGUUUUUCUGGAUUUUUUUUCUGCCAAAUAGGUAAACCCAAAGUGAAACCUUGUAGGUUGAAAUGCCAAUGGUGUAAAAUAAAGCCUUGUCUGGUUUGUAAAUCGUU